GAUUGCAUGCUUGUGGUUUUACGAAUAGCAGUAUGCAGCUACAAGUUUACCCACAGAUAACUUCAUUCGUUUACACAGGCGCACACAUUGCAACGACAUACAUUUUGUUAAUCUGAAUAGCAAACCACAAAAACAAAUCAACGCUCACUGUAACGAACAAAGCGCCGGCAACAUCCACUGUAUACUUCACUGUGAAACUGUGUGACAUUUUGAAACUAAUUUCAGUUUAAUCUCUACUGUAAAUUAAGUGCCUGUUUAGAAUUGUUUUCCUCUAUGCAAACAUCCUAUUAUCAAGUGACUCGAUUUAUAUCUGAAUUAGGGUUGAUUAAAUAACCAAAAGUGGUAUUGGUUUGAAUCAUUGUGAUUACCAGAUUGUCCACAGAUAACAUGAGAUACAACAGGCAAGAAAAACCGAGCAUGCAAACCAUGGAUCGAUACAAUUUAUUCGAGCAUGAACCACCACCACCAAUGAUUUACAUCUCAUUCGAUAACGAUAUGACUAGUAAUGGAAAUGAUGAAGUGAAUCAUUCUCAAAAUCAACAAAACAAAGCUCCGAACGGUGUUUCACAAAUGAAAUGUGGUGGCUCGAUGCUGCAAAGUCCCAGCACAGUUAGAAAAACGAAUCGAAAUAACCAUAACAUGGGCCUAAAACGACGAAGCGUCGAUCCGGUUGCCGCUGGCAUACCAAGGAAAAAAUUGAAAACAAACAAUGGCAUAGCAAGUGCGCAACAGCCGAAAAAUACGGUGGCUAUGCUCAAUGAAUUACGGCAAGGUCUUGUUUAUAAUUUAGAAGCACAAAGUGGCCCAGUUCAUGCACCCAUCUUUACAAUGACGGUUGAGGUCGACGGCGAAAAAUACGUCGGUCAUGGGAGAAGUAAGAAAUUGGCACGCAUACAGGCAGCCGAAGCGGCUCUACGAAAUUUCAUUCAAUUCAAAGAUGGCACUGCUCUGUCACCCAUCAAAACGGCCAUCAGUAUGGAUUUUACCAGUGAUGAUUACAUGGAUAAUAAUGAAACGAACAAGACGAUGAUGAAUAAGAAGCAAACACCAGAAAAGGGCCCAGUCAUGCUGCUUUACGAGUUAUUCAACGAUGUGCAAAUCGAUUGUGUGUCAUCGGAUGGUGUGCAACAUUCACGAUUUAAAAUGGUGGCUACUGUAAAUAGCCAGAAAUUUGAAGGAACCGGUCCGUCGAAGAAGCUGGCAAAGAAUGCAGCUGCCAAAGCAGCCUUAGCAACGUUAUGUGAUAUUUCGUACAGUCCAAUGCAAAUGAAGUCUAACGAAAUCGCUCCCGUCGAAAGCAAUAAGAAACAGUCAUAUGAACUGCCACAAACCUUCGCUGAUAGCAUUGGAAAAUUGGUAUUGGAGCAAUUUGCUGAAGCGACAGUCAACAUUGAGAAUUAUAGUCGACGAAAAGUGUUGGCUGGAAUUGUGAUGACGGAGAAUCUGGAUCUAAAAACAGCAAAAGUGAUAUCAGUCACCACAGGUACCAAGUGCAUCAAUGGGGAAUACAUGAGUAUCAGCGGAACUAGUUUGAAUGAUUCGCAUGCUGAAAUCGUUGCCAGACGAUGCCUCAUGGAUUUCUUCUACAGUCAAUUGGAAUUGCACACAAAUGCAAGCACAGCAAAAGGUUCAAUUUUCGUAAGACCAUCACAGCCUGAUCAAUUGUAUAAAUUACGUGAUGGAAUCAAGUUCCAUCUUUUCAUUAACACUGCACCCUGUGGAGAUGCUCGCAUUUUUUCGCCACAUGAAACUGAGAUCGGCGUGGACAAACAUCCAAAUCGGAAAGCACGUGGUCAGCUGCGCACGAAAAUUGAAUCAGGUGAAGGUACGAUACCGGUAAAAAGUAGCGAUGGAAUCCAGACAUGGGAUGGGGUGAUGCAAGGACAACGACUGUUAACAAUGUCAUGCUCUGACAAAAUCGCCAGAUGGAAUGUAGUUGGUGUACAGGGUGCACUUCUCUCAUCAAUUAUCCAACCAAUUUACUUGUACUCUGUUGUUUUGGGUAGUUUACUCCAUCCGGAUCAUAUGUAUCGUGCUGUCUGCGGUCGUAUCGAAACAUCGAUUCAAGGUCUUCCGCCGCCAUAUUUUUUGAACAAGCCAAAAUUUGCUCUGGUCACAUCGACUGAAACGCGUAAUCAAAUUAAGGCACCGAAUUUCGGAAUCAAUUGGACGAUCAGCCAAAGAACCGUUGAGGUGGUAAAUUCGUUAACCGGAAAAACGGUAAAUAGCAAAGUGUCGCGGCUUACAAAGCAAGUGUUCUUCGGACGGUAUGCAAAUCUUAUCAAACAAUUGCCGAACUUGCGAGUUGCACGCUUAAUAACCGGUGAUUAUAGUGAGACGAAGCAGGCAGCACGCGAAUAUCAAAUUGCCAAACGUGAAUUGUUUGACGCAUUUCGACGCGAGGAUUUGGGCAGCUGGUUGAAAAAGCCAAUUGAACAGGACAACUUCAAUUUACCCAAAUGACACGAUUUAGAUAUGGUUAUUGAUGAUGGCAUCGACACUGAUUUUAUUAGCGUUGAUAAGCAAUUUACGUAUGCUCCACGAGCACCAAAUCCUACCAAAAAUCUAAGCCAAUCAACUCUGACUGGAAAAAAGGUAUUGAACGCGCGCAGAUAUUGUGAACGAUUCAACGGCAAAGACAAACAAUCGAAUAAAAUUGUUGACAAAAUCUUGAUGCAUCGAAUUGGCAGCGGCGGCGGCAAGCGAAAACCAAACGCCGGUUUUGUUACUUUUAAAGAAUAGACAUUAGUAAAUUGGUCGUGGUUGAGUAAAAACUGCGUCACAAAAAGUUUAAUUCUUGCGUAAAAUAAUUGUAGCAUGGAGUAAUCUGUUUUAAGAUCUAUAUUGAAACAUCGAAAAGAGAAGCACGAAGUGAAUAUCAAGUGGUAGCAAUUUUGUGACAGUUUUCUUACUCAUUCCAACGGCCUUUCCAAUUCCAUUCUAAAAAGUAAUUAAAAUCUUUCAAUCAAAACAAUAAUUUUAUUUCGAUUGCUUUUUUUGUCAAAACGAACAUCGUCAAUCUUCGACGUGACAUUUGAAACGAAAGUUUGAAACUGAUACAAUAAUGUUAUUUAAAAAAAAAAUUGAAAUACGUAAACAACAUCAAUAAGAUCAGAGUCUUGUGAACAACCACAAAGGGGAAAAAACCUUUGAAGUAUUGUGAGAUAAUUUGUUUGCAAUCAAUAACUUAUAUACAACGGAUUUUAACCCAUUCUAUUUGCAUAAUGAGAUCAAAUUCACACUCCACACACAACACAACACAUAUACAUAUACAUAUAACAACACACAUCCAAAGCAUGAAUGCUUCACAGAAUAGUAUACGUAGCAAAGUUCAAAGUAACCACCAAAACGUUUUUCUUUUUCUCCAUAGAAAUAAGAGUUUAAAUUAUGUAUUCUUUCAAUUUUUGUUGUAUCCAACAAAAUCACACAAUUUAUUUUCAAUUUUGCGAUAAAUAAACUUUGUUUUAUUGUACAAAGUGUAAUAAAACUCA